CAGUGAAUGUGUAGCCAGUAACAUUGUACAGACACGUGUUCAGGACAGUUCGCAUGGGAGUUGAGAGUGGGUGGGAAAGGGGAGAUGUGCAGCUUUUGUUUAAAUAGAUGGCUUUAGUAGAUGAGUAGAUAAAGCGGAGACCGGCUCGAGUGAAGAUGAUCCGCCGUGUGCUCGCUCAGAGGAAAUUCAGCUCGGCUCCAGGUCAGGUGUACGCCACAAAAGCGACAGAUAGGCGGGCGCUGCUAACGAAAAGUACAGCGAAUGCGGGGGGAUCUUUUGCUAACGAUUUGCCAAUUGUUUCCGUGAGAGGAAUUCGAGCAGUUCGUGACACCCAGAAAGUUCCAGGAUACAGGCCCACAAAGUUUGACAGAAAGAUUCUUCUCUGGUCUGGUCGCUUCAAGAAUGAGGAGGACAUCCCUGGCAUUGUGUCGUUUGAAAUGCUGAAUGCAGCAAGAAACAGGGCACGAGUCAAAACCUGCUACAUAAUGAUUGGCUUGACUAUUGCAGCUUGUUUCGUUAUGAUCGCAUCUGGAAAACAGGCUGCUGAACGACAUGAAUCGCUUGCCAGCCGGAAUCGAGCAAAAAAGGCGAAAUGGAAAGAAGAAGCUGAACGUGAGCGGACAGCUGCAUUGGCUAUUACUGAUACAAAAGAGUGACCAUUUCAUUAAAAUGAAACUGUACGACUAAAUCAUUUAGCUGUUCUUCAAAAUUCUCUCCUAUGUGAACAUACUAAAAGAAACCCAAAUCAGACAAGGCUUUCCAUCGCAACGAGAAUACUAAUAGGUGAGAAAGCUGUAAACAAAAAUGUAUAAAACUAAAUGUACAAACAACAUACAAAUGUGAUGUUUUACAUUACUCUAGUCAUACCUAGAUUUUUUUCUAGAGAUUGCUUUACAAAAGUAAUUUCAAACUUAAAAUUCAAAAUAUUAAAAGGGCAAGCAAAUAGAUUUCUAUUUCUCAGUAACAAAAUGUAAGGUUCACAUCCAACUUUUACAUCCUACUCCAUGUAACCUGUAGUUGCUGUUUAAAAAUCAAAGUUAUUAAUACACACUUUAAAAGAGCAUUCUGAUAGGAGAUAAAACACUAAUUGAUUAGUACAUUUAGAACUUUUUUCUGAAAAAAUGGCAUAAUAGUUUCAUUGGUUACAACAAAAAAAUGUCAGGCAGGACAGCAAAUAUUCCGAUUUCUUCACAGAUUUGUCACUUAAGUGAUCAAAGAGAAAGGAAAAAAUGUAACUGAUUGUCCAUUAAAAUCAUUUGUGCCUGUCAUAUUAGGCAAUCAUUGCAUGCAAUGUACUUUAUUUCAUCAAUAUUUUAUCUUGGCAAGGUUGUUAAGCUUUACCUAGAUUAUAGAUAUCCCAAUAUUUUACUAAUGUUUCAGCCUCUACUUGUGACAAUUCUUGACAGAUUUCCCAACAUCCUGCCAAAUGCAGCAAAACCUCUUAUAGAGAAUGGCAACUGGAUUUCAACAGAUAUGAUCUGAUGAAAAUAUUGUUAAAAGCCUAACAUUUAAAAUUAUAAUCUCUAUAGAGGAACAGAGCUGUUCUAAUUUUUACUCGUUCUCAAAAGGUGCAAGGUAAACCAUAUAGCUACAGUAGUUUUAAUUUGGGUGAUGGAAAAGCUUUUAGAAAUCAUAAUUUGAUAUUGAUUACAAGUAAUUGGAUGAAUGUAAAUUAAAGAAAGCUAGCACUUUUUAAAAAAAGGUAAAUUGUUCAAUUUACAUAACUGAAUUUGUAGAGGAAGUAAAAAUAAAGGGCUUAUAAAGGUAAUAGGGUUGAUGUGAUAUAGAGUUCUGAAAUGUGUUCAUAAAGUUUUGUCAAAAUAGGAGCCUAGAGAAAGAAAAAGGGCAUAUUGUUGGUUGACUGACAAGAAACAGCAGUUAAUGGCAACAGUUGGUUUGUGGAAGGCACAUGACAAUAGGGCCCUCCCAACUCCAUAGUAGGCUUGCUGCCCAUCUUGGUCACA